CCCGCGUAAGAGUGUUGAAGUCGGCUCCUAACUGAGGACUCUCGAUACGCUCAUCCUGCGCUGUGCAAUGUCUCAUAAAUCAGACAUUUACGUAGUCCAGCAUCAGUUACUCUACCGUAGUUCUGAUAUCAAAGACCUCAUGAAUGCGGUACUAAAUUUUCAGUUCGGGCUUUGCUCGAUCUGAUCUUUGGGAUAUAAAACCGCGCCUGUUUCUCCCCAAAUCGCCAAACCAACAACUCGCAGUCCAACAGCCUCACCAGACCAACACAAACUCACCAGACCAACCCCCAACCACCACCAAAAUGCACUUCCCCACCCUCCUCCUCAUCCCAAUCCUCCUCGGCCUCGCCGCCGCCGACACCCUCACCCUCGACCUCCACGCCAACAACUUCGACGACGCCUCCUUCCAGACCUUCAAAGUCAGCAACCUACACAACUGCCACAACUCAAACCAGAAAUUCGAAUACUACCUCCAGCACGACAUCGCGCAGAGUCUCUUCGAGCGUAACCUCGGGAUCCGCGCAUACGGUGAGCCGAACUGCCAGGGUCCGUCGAGCACGCACCCGUUGUCUAAUGCGAAUGGGUGUGUUCAUGGGGCGAGGAAGAGCUUUCAACUUUUGGAGAUGUGAGUAUGAUGUGUAGUAGUGGAGAGGGAAGUGCCAAUGGGGAGAUAGCCGGUCUAGAUUAUGACAUGGUUCGGGCGACUGGUGGUGCUUUUGCUUCCAAUAUAUCCGUUUUUGGCGGAGUUGGUAGCCUUGUCAGCCUUAUGCGGUUAUGGGGGUUGCACACUAGAGUCGGCCUGGAGUAUAGAGGACGCCACCUUUGUCUAACUAGAUGGGGAGCUGGGGUUAUAACAUACAGCUUCCCGUGCUCGAGUAGCGUUCUAAAUUUCCUUCUAUAAAGUCUUGUUCGUGG